AUGAAGUUCACUCAGUUCACUCUGGCUGCGGCCGCUCUGCUGGCUACUGCUGCAGCACAGGGUCUUGACUCACUGCCCGACUGCUCUAAAACUUGCGCCACAAGCGCUAUCCCCGCAAGCUGCGGUCUCAACGUCCAGUGCAUUUGCUCUGACAAGUCGUUCCUGAGCAACAUUGCCUGCUGUGUGGCUGACAAGUGCUCCCAGGCCGACCAGGAGACUACUCUGCAAGUCGCCAAGGGCAUCUGCUCUCGCGGCGGUGUGACCGACCUGCCCAGCACCAUCUCCUGCACUUCUUCGGGCUCCUCCACCGCUACCGGCACUGCUGCUACCGCCACUGCUUCGGGCACCACUACCGGAAGCACCAGCGAGACCAAGACUGGCAGCGCCCAGUCGACUGCCACCGACACUACCCUGUCUGGCUCCGUCACUGCCACCAAGACUAGCGCCUCCACCACUGGCUCGGCUGCUUCGAGCUCUUCCUCUUCUGCUUCCCAAUCCGCCUCCUCUGCGGCUGCUACUACUGGCGCUGCUGUCCAUGGCCAGACCCGGGACUCCUCCCUGAUGGCUGCUGCUGGUGCUGCCGCCGCCUUUGCCAUCUUUGUCUAG